AUAAACAUAGGCAGUUAACGGAGACACGCUCACUCAAGUGACCUGUUUUGCUUUGCUGCCUUCCCUCUUGCUCUGAAGCCGUCAGCGCCCUUCAAAGUUUUCUGCGGAGCCCUUCCGUAACUUUCUACUCACAAACUGGGAUCCGCUUCCAGAGUGUUCCGUUACUGAAAAUUAUACUCGCAAAUCCUCUCAAUCCCUGGACGGCUUCUGCAUAAUAGGUAGGAAUGCCCCCGUCAGGGGAAGAUGAGUGUUGUAAUAGAACGGUAACCUAGAUAGGUUAUAAAUAGAGCUUAUGCAAUGGCUCGAUACGAUGUUAUGUAAUCAUGCCGAAAGCUUCUUCGCUGGGCCGCUGUUAAGGCUGCCUCCGGCCUGUGGCACUGUGGUCCACCUGCGGUUUCCCAGGCUCUUUCCGAACUCCUGAACGGCUGCCAAUGGCGUCCGGUGUCGGCGCUCUGCGGAAGCUGGUAUCGGAGCAGACUGACGCGAGCGGCUGCUCGAGCCGAGGGAGCCGGCUCGAUUGGCUCUUCAGCCAAAGAACUCCGCCGGGCGCCAUGACGACGGCCAGGUUCCGACCCACCUGGGACCUGGCUCUGGACCCGCUGGUCUCCUGCAAGUUGUGCCUUGGGGAGUUUCCCCUGGAGCAGAUGACCACCAUCACGCAGUGCCAAUGUGUCUUUUGCACGCUGUGCCUGAAGCAGUACGUCGAGCUCCUGAUCAAAGAGGGCCUUGAAACAGCUAUUAGCUGUCCAGACUCUGCCUGUCCGAAACAGGGACACCUCCAGGAAAAUGAGAUCGAGGGCAUGGUGCCGGAGGAGGUGAUGCAGAGAUACAGAAAGCUGCAGUUCGAAAGGGAGGUGCUGCUGGACCCGUGCCGAACAUGGUGCCCGUCUUCGUCCUGCCAGGCUGUGUGCCAGCUGAGGGAGACAGAGGCCCGGCGCCCCCAAGUGGUCCACUGCACUGCCUGCGGCCUGCAGUUCUGCUCCACCUGCAAGGCCACCUGGCACCCAGGACAGGCCUGCCAGGACAGCCCACCUAUAUCCGCCUUCCUCCCCGGAGAGACCAGGGUGGGAAAUGCCUCUCUAGCUCUCUGGCAAGCCUCGGUGGAACGUGCCGCGCCCCAGUGCCGGUAUGGUGGUGGGUCGCGACCUGACGGUACUUCCUGUCCUCACCAGGACGAUUUCCUCCUGAUUCACUAUGACAAAGGACCUUGCCGCAACAAGCUGGGCCACUCGAGGGCUUCCGUCAUCUGGCACAGAACACAGGUGGUGGGGAUUUUUGCAGGCUUCGGGCUCCUCCUCCUGGUGGCGUCACCGUUCCUCCUCCUCGCCACGCCCUUCGUCUUGUGCUGUAAAUGCAAAUGCAGUAAAGGGGACGAUGACCCCCUGCCCACCUAAAAAAAAAACAGAGCAACAACCCCCCCCAUCCACCCACCCACCCUUGUUGUCCCGUGCAGACAGAUUAAACCCCAGCACUAUUUUAGCUUUCAUCUACAUUCUCAGAAGAGAGUGGGGGUCCAGGUCCUGAAAAAGGUCGGUGACGCCCCCCCCCCCCCCCCGACGGAUGCAUGUCCUUAAUGCACGGCGUACUACAUGUGAAGACUGCACCCCUUUCUCAAAGACUGACGGCCACAAUUUUUUUUUUUCGCCCUAGUUUUCAGUCUUUCCUAAAUCUGACCACAACACGGCAGGUUUUAGACCUAGAAGGCACUCUGCAUUCGCUCCACAAGAAACACCUCUGGGUUAACACUUUCAAGAGCAUGGGAGGUGUUAAACUACACGUUCCGAAUGGAAAACAGGUGACAUUAAUUGCUGUCUGUAAAACAAGCCGACCACCUGAGCCGGCAGUCUAACCCCCAGGUGAUGCUGUACAUGGUGAAUGCAAACAUUGUCCUUCCCUGUGUUUGCUUUUGGUUUAUUUUUAACCCCAAGUUUAGCCAUUAUGUCUGUAUUAAACUAUUAAUUAUC